AUUAAUAGGGUCUUAGAAGAUUAUGGAGUAAAUAAGUAAAAAAAAGUAAUUAAUGGCAUAUUGUGCAAGUCAUUUCAUGUUUAUGUUAAAAGUUGAUGGCUAAUGUAUAUUUAUACGCAUAUUGUGUAAAUCAUUCCAUGUUUUUGUUAAAAGUUGAUGGCUAGUGUAUAUUUAUAGAAUUAAAAUUGUGUAGUAGAUAAAGUAGGUUGAGAUGAAUAAAUAUAUUCUGGCUUUCAGUUAUGAUGGUGAUGUACCAAAUGUGAAAGCAAUACAAUUUGUCUAUGAUUACCUGCCGUUUCAUUUCCACUUACUUACCACUCUUUCUCAUCAUCAUACUCCUUUUUGUCCUUUUGGUAGACUCCUCCUUCUUCUUCUUUACAUAGUAGCAAGAAAGCAAUCUAUUUCAGUUUGAUCCAACUGGGUACUUCCCAUCUCAGAAAUCUACCUCAAACUCAUCUCUUCCCGGCUCUGUUGCAGAGAUGAAUCUUGCAGGCAAUCUGUAUCUUCCAAUCCCCAUAAACUCCAUUUUCACCAUCUUCAUCCUACUAUUAACUUUCCUUCUACCAUCCUACUGUGAUGAAGAUAAUCACUUUCAUGACUGUGGUAUUUUCUACAACUGUGGACUCUUGGCAAAUGUUUCGUAUCCUUUCUGGGGCGGUAGACGACCCAAUUUCUGUGGGAGGAAAGAGUUUGAGCUCACCUGCCAUGGCAGUUUUGCCACCAAGAUGACCAUUUGGGAGCAAGAGUUUCAUGUGAUGAGAAUAGACCAUUCUAAUCAGAUCUUGACUCUGGCACCAGCUGAGUUUCUUCAGGACUCUUGUCCUGAAACUAUAUCCUAUGCUUUUGAUUUUGGGAACAGUCUCCUAAAACUUGCUCAGACUGUGGUGAAUCUCACUCUGUUUUAUAAUUGUUCCCCCGGUAUCUCCGUACCAAAAAAUAACAUUCGUCCCUGCAAGAACAAUGAACCUGGAGAUAUAGGAAUUUUCUAUAUGAAUGAUUCGUUUGUGAGAAACAAUGGGGUGAACCUCCAUGCGUGUAGGAAGGUCCAAGUUCAGGUGAAAGAGACGUCUCUUGUUGAACUUGAGAGUGGAAAGUUGAGUUUGUUUUCUGCUUUAAAAGAAGGAUUUGAUGUAAAAUAUGAUGCUUCCAAUGAUUCCUGCUUCAACUGCGAGGCUUCGAGAGGAAAAUGUGGAUCAGACAUCACUAAUGCAGAUGCAUUCACCUGCUUUUGCCGUGAUCAGCCUCGUCCUCUAGUUUGUACAAAUCAUGAGAAUAGAGUUAAUAUGAAGACAAAAGUUAUUAUAGGUGUUAUUGCAACUUUCGUAGGUGUGGUACUAGCAUGCACUGGCUGCUACUUAUAUCAACGCCGGAAGAAGAAACUAAGGAUUGUUCGUUCGACCUUGUUAUCUCGGAGCAUCUCAGCAGAUGAUUCUUCAGUGGAUGUUGAGAAGGGAAGGAACUUGUUUGGAAUUCACCUCUUCACAUAUGCUGAGCUUGAAGAAGCCACUAGCUACUUUGACUCUGCCAAGGAACUUGGUGAUGGUGGCUUUGGAACUGUAUACUAUGGGAAACUUCAAGAUGGGCGUGCCGUUGCUGUCAAGCGCUUGUAUGAGAAUAACUACAAAAGAGUUGAGCAGUUUAUGAAUGAAGUUGAGAUCUUAACCCGUUUACGCCACCACCAUCUAGUGUCUCUUUUUGGCUGCACCUCAAGACACAGCCGUGAACUCCUGCUAGUAUAUGAGUUUGUCCCUAAUGGCACAGUUGCUGAUCAUCUUCAUGGUGAGCGUGCUAAGCCUGGUGCACUUCCAUGGCCUAUCCGAUUGAAGAUUGCAAUUGAGACUGCAGGUGCAUUGACAUAUCUUCACGCCACCGACAUCAUCCACCGUGAUGUUAAAACCAACAACAUCCUCCUAGACAAUAAUUUUUCCGUCAAAGUUGCAGAUUUCGGACUUUCGCGUCUAUUUCCAACAGAUGUAACUCAUGUUUCCACAGCUCCACAAGGGACACCUGGGUAUGUUGAUCCAGAAUACCACCAAUGCUACCAGCUCACUGAGAAGAGUGAUGUGUUUAGCUAUGGCGUGGUCUUGAUUGAACUAAUAUCCUCCUUGCCAGCUGUUGACAUCACCAGGCAUCGGCAAGAGAUCAACCUGUCUACCUUGGCAAUCAAUAAGAUCCAAAAUCAUGCACUGCACGAGCUUGUAGACACAUCACUCGGGUUUGAAUCAGACUCGACGAUCAGAGAAAUGAUAACUGCUGUAGCAGAGGUGGCGUUUCAGUGCCUACAGAGUGAAAAGGACAUGAGACCUUCAAUGCUGGAAGUGUUGGAAUCUCUAAUCCGCAUACAGAGUCAGGGAUAUAAUUCAGGAAAAGCAGAGGAAAUGGAUAUUCCAGCAGCUGAUGUUGUGUUGUUGAAGAGUGGUCCUCUGCAACUUUCUCCUGAAUCUGAAACUGUAAAUUUGGUUAGCAGGUCUACAACAUCUAAUACAAGUAGUUAAGCUUCAUGUCACCCAGCUUUUUGCUUUUCUGAGAGAAGCAAGAAAUUGGUAAUUAAAGAGAUCCCAUAAUCAGAGAAAUGGCUGAUUGCUGUCAUUUUUUUUUUUUUGGUUCUUUUUUUCGUUUUUAAUCCACUAGAUUUUGAUACUGAUACUCGUUGGGGUGUACAUGUAAUAGUUGUAAUGAGGUAGGGAGGUUUUUUC